GGAGGUUUUAAGCUAAUGUUACUUGCUUUCUCGUUUGUCUGCGCCGUUGACGUAAUCUAACUACAGACUUGAAUACUCCGAUAUUAACACUAAUGACGUCUUACGCGAUCUUACCGAAAAGAGAAAAUUGCGUUUACACAAGCUGUUACUGUGAGGAAAAUGUGUGGAAACUGUGUGAGUUUGUGAGAACAGAGGGAACCACAGGGCUGGACCAAGUCUUUGUGGUCUUCAUCUCCAAUGACAAAAGAAUGGUUCCUCUGUGGAAACAGAAAUCAGGAUACGGAGACCAGCCAGUGAUCUGGGAUUAUCACGUCAUUCUCCUGCACGUCAGCCAUGAGUUGGAGACUUUGGUUUAUGAUCUGGACUCUGUGCUGAUGUUUCCCUGCAGCCUGCAGCUGUACGCCGAUCAGGCUCUCCGCUCUGACCGCGGAAUCAAACCCGCCUACCACAGGAAGUUGCGUGUUAUCCCUGCUGAUGUCUUCCUCCAGAACUUUGCAUCUGAUCGAUCACACAUGAAAGACUCCAGUGGCGCCUGGCAGAUGCCGCCUCCACCUUACUCCCCCAUACAAACUGCAGAGUCCAAGAUGAACUUGGAUGACUUCAUCAGUAUGGAUCCUGGAGUCGGCUGGGGCCGGGUAUUCACCCUGGAUGGCUUCCUGAAAUUCUACACACGAAAUCCUUCAGUGUCAUCAUAGAGGCUUUGUGGUUUUUCUCAGGUAUUGGUAAACUAGAGCUCUUGACAAAAUUCAGUUGUACUGGCAUUAAUGGUAAAUGUCCACCAGGUGGAGAUAUUGCUCCAUUUAAAGAACCUUGAAUACAGGCUGAUGUGGGACACAAAGCCGAACCUGUUGCUUAUAGUAGUGGAUACUCAGGUGUAAACUAUGUGUUUCAGCGCCUCCUUCUGGACAUUGUUACUGUGCUUCACUUCACUGUGACUGAUUUGGUGCAAUCUUGUUUAAUACAUGAUUGUAUGGAAAUACAUUUUGACAAUUUGUGUUCUACAAUACAUUUUUAACAAUAAAACUAAGGCAGUCUUGAAUUUUAUGUCAAAAGUAGAACAUUUAAAUGUUUUUUCUACAGUUUUUUUCUUCUUAUACAACUAAGGAUAAUUUUGUGUUUGUGUUCAGGGUUUAGAAACACAAAUUGUCACUGUCAGACAUGAACAAGAAGGCGUCGCCUGUGUGACAUAAAAAGUCGCUGGUGUUUGUCAGUCUGUGACAUUACAGCCAGAGUUGCUGCUCUCCAGACUUUGAAUGUGGUCCAGCAGGAUCUCUGAAGUUCACCCUCAUGCUACAUUUGUCCAGCUGGUCCAACUGAGGGCUCUGAUCCUCUCUUCACACUCAGAAGUUUUUGAGUUAAGGGUCAUUUAAAUACGUACAUCUAUCCUUGAGUUUUAAGCGGUGUAACCAUCACCGCCCACAUACUAUUAUACCUCCUUGACUUUGGUGCUGCUGUGAGGCAAAGAAUCCACUAGAGGGCACUGCAUGGGCUCAAAAGCUUCUGACAACAUGAAACGUUUGCAAUCAAAGAAGUUGUAAUAAUGUUUCUACUGCUUAAGACACAAAAGCACAGGCAGCAGUGUGGUCAGUACUGGAAUGUACAGCCAUUAUACUCAACAAAUAAACGCUUCAAACCUGCA